AUGGAACUAACUGAUUUGGAUACAUCCGACAGCUAUUUACAAAAAGAAUGGUUAGCACGAAAAGUACAUUCAAAGGGCAAACAAUCAAUACGAAGUGCGUUUCAUAUGGUUGAUUCAAAAUCGGCUAAACCAUCACUCAAUGUUUCUUCUGCAUCACAAAUUAAUCCUGAAUUUAAUUCAUUAAGUAUGAAUUCAUUACAAUCAACAAGAAUAAGGGACCAGAAAUUAUUAUUAUCAGCAAACGAGAGUAUCCCAAGAAAAGAUCCAUUUUUGAGAACUAUCUUUAACUGUUUAACUUCACAGUUUUAUAAGAUAUGGAUAUGUGGUUUUAUUAUUGGUUCAUUAUUAAUUGCUUGUAUAGCAUUAGCCGUUAUUCUUAGUUUUUAUUUAAAAAAAUCACCAGCAUCAACAACAGUAACAGUAUUUCCUUAUCAAUCUUGUUCAUUAGCAGGUGCAGCAACAACAUUAUUAUUCAGCCUAGCGAAUGUAUCAGCACAAACAAAUUAUUCAUAUCACAGUUAUAUUUAUACAGCAAAGUCAACAACCGCAACUAUAAUGUUUGACUUUCGUCAAGAUCCAGAUGCCUAUUAUUUAGAUAAUGUACAAGCGAUAGAUACAGUGUAUAAUUAUGAUGUUUUAUCCAAUGGUGAUUUUGAAUGGGGUACUCUCUCACCAUGGUUACAAGGAACAGUUAGUAGUGGUACAGAAUAUUAUUAUGAUCCAACUGUUUGUAAGGACUACAAUUGUUAUAGAGAAAUUAUUAUGGGUCAAACAGCUAACGUUCAUCAAACAUUUUCAACAGAUAUCGGGCAAAAACUCAAUAUAUCAUUUUAUAUAAAAAGUGGUGGUGGUCCAUUAAAUUUUGCAGAUUGUUGUAUCUAUCCUUUCUAA